CGAAGACAUUCAGCACACUCUCGCGGCGAAAUAGCAAAGUGAAUUUGUGAGAUAACCUAAAUAGAGAACAACAAAAGGUGCAUUUUCCGGUGGUUUUUCUCUCUUUCCCGUUUCAAAUAUGUGGAAACAGCUCAGAAGUCUACAGCACUUGCACAAAAUGUGCACAAGAACUUACCUCUCACAAGCCUAUCAGUGUUCAGAAGCCUGGAAUGCGCGGUUGAAGACACCGAUUCUGGAGAAGAUCGAAUUCGAGAAUUAUCUCUUUGAAUUGGAUCAAAAGUAUCAGCAACAUGGCAAAUUCAGCAGCAUCGACAUUGAUAUUUGCUGCAAUAAGCUACAGAAUGAGGAACAUAUCGAUGAACUGUUUGAUAUACUGCACAAAUUGCGGAUGUCUGAGGAAACCUCCAACACGAUGGAUUCAACUCACCACGCAGUCGUCCGGAACUUGAUUUCCCUGAGGAAGUACGAAGAGUUGCUGCAGAUUCUCAAUGAUCCUCUUAAUUUUGGCAUAUUCCUGGAUAAUUUUUCGGCCAAUCUCGCACUGGACACUUUCAUAGAGGCGCAGAACUUUACAUUUGCCGCAAAAGUGGCUUCCAUGUUGAUGCUUCAGGAGGAUUUUGGCAAUGACAUCACGAAAUCCCUUUCUCUGCUCGGCUGCUGGAAAUACCUGGAGAAUCCAGAGCCUUUUGAGAAGAGCGAAGAAGCAGAGAUAGCUCCCGCUGAGGGAGAAAAGAAACGGAAGAAGAAACCUGAAGAAGUGAGAAUCCGUGUGAAAUAUUUGAGGAAUGCUUUCUUCGACGAUCACUUUGACUUGAGAGAUCAUCAGCAUUUAGUGGGGAAAACUCUAUACUACUUGGGAUUGAAUCUUCCCAAUGCUGUGGGAAGAAGCAUACAGAUCCUUGGACUGUCUCUCUUCGGGAAAUUCGAAGAAGGGACGAAUUUUGUGAACAAUCUCAAGGAUGGCGAAGAAGUUUACUCAGAAGUCUUGGCAAAGAGUUUGGACACCUUGAAGGGAAUUGAGACACCCGAAGAAAAGAAAGGCUUGCAGGAGUUCAUUGUAGCUCUUGAAGCUAAAAAGUCGAAGUUAAAGGCGAAUGAGGCUAAAUUCGAGGAGGAAAUCUUGAAGAUGCUGUCUCAUGCGAUCGCCAAGUGUGAAAAGGAAGACAUUGCGUCUCAACAUCAGAUCUACGAAAAGUGGUGUCAAGAGCGAGAAGAUCGCCUGAAUGAGGAACUUCUGAGACUGCGUCGAGCACAAACCGUGAAGGACAUCGAGAAGAUGACCAAAGACAUGGAGACGGAGGAGCAAAAGCUAUGGUUCUUCGAGAACGAAGACCAGAUCGAUCUGCAGAUCGAGAAGAAGAGGAAAUUCUAUCCCAAGAGGUGGUUCGGCAAGAAGAAGAAGCCUCGCGUCCAGGACGUGAACUACGUUCCUCCUGAGAUCGUGAAAAACUGAUAGUCA